CAAAAAAUAUAACCCCAGUCGUGUUUUUAUUGAAUUUUAACUCUGUCACUCACUUUGUGUAUGCACUGUUUUUACAUAAAAGAAAAAAAAAAAAAACUUAAUUAAAACAACAAACCUUUAUAUAAAAAGUUAAAAUUACACAAACAAAAAUGUCGGAAAACAAAGAAGAAAUUUUUGCUAAUUUUCAAAGUAUCACGGGAAUAGACGACAUCGGAGAAGCCUUUUCCCAUCUCGAAGAAUCGAACUGGGAUCUAAUGGCUGCAAUUCAACGCGUUAUGCCACAGGAAGAAAGUCCCAUGGAAGAAGCGUCCUUCAGUUCGAGCAGAGCAACAACAAUGAACAAUUUCUCGAGUGCUCCUUCCAAUUUCAACAGGUGGGACUCCAGUGGUGCUGAGAGUGCUUUUGUGCCAGUGGCUUCCACAUCAGCCGAAGCGAAACUUAUUGAUCUCACAUACGAUACGGAUAUAGACUCGUUGCAAAAGGAAGUCCAAACGCUGACAUUCAAUAUUCAUUUUAAUCAACAAAUUUAUACAAUUAAACUGCCGUCGGUUGCAACUGUUGGUCAUUUGAAAGAGAGAAUUUUCAAUACAACAAAAGUUCCAAUAUGCCGUCAAGCUAUACGAGGUUGGCCACCAGCUAAGCUACAAGAUGCACAAGUUUCGUCCACAAAGCUGUGCAAUUUGGAUUUAACAUCAGAGAAUGAAUUAAUUCUAAUUGAUCUUACGGAAGAGGAUUAUAUGGAAGAUGAGAGUGACGAAAUAAUUAAACGUUUUGAAAAAAUAUUCAAUCUGAAUAUAGUACAACAGCCCGAGGGAAAAGAAAUAGCAUUAAACAUUUCUGGUAAACAAACAAUACUGCAAGUAAAAACAGACGUUUAUUACAUAACUAACAUACCGGUGAGACAUCAGGAAUGGACUGGCUGGCCAGUUGGAUCAGAAAACGGCACCACCUUAGCUCAAUCAGGCAUUGAGCUCUCUCAUAACCUAAUCCUUCAUUCUAACGCUGACAAAGGAAAGAAUAACUCCAAAUCUAACAAAGCAAAUAAUAGUACAGUUGUUGUAGACAGCGACAGUUCGGCUGAUGAAUUCGAAGAUGCUUCUGAUUUCAAUGCUUGCGAAGAAUUCUUUACUGACUCACCGCCAGUUCAACCACAAUCUCGUCACUUAAUUCCAAAUCACACAGAUGACGAAGCUCGCGGCUCUGCACAGUUUGUUGAUAAUUAUAUUCAAAGAUUUGGAGAACCACAUCCAGUAUUUUUCCGCGGAAGCUUAGAAGAUGCUCUUAAAGAAGCCUGCCACAAACCGGCCAAAGAUAGAAAACUUCUGGCAAUUUAUCUACAUCACGGCGAAAGUAUACUUACUAAUGUCUUUUGUGAUCACCUAAUGAAGCAUGACAGCGUUAUUCAAACGCUUAUUCAGAACUUUAUCCUCUAUGGAUGGGAUCUAACAUUUGAUAGCAAUAAAAAUUUAUUAUUAUCUUCAGUAUCAGCAUGCGUAGGAAAUACAGCUUCGAUGACUGUUCGAAAUAUCCCAUUAGAUAAAUUACCAGCAAUAUUGAUAAUUGGAAAGAGUCGAUUGUCUGGCCGCAGUACAUGCGAAGUCUUAUCUGUGAUUCAUGGGAAUGUGGGGCUAGACGAUUUGUUCUCUCGGUUGAUUGAAGCAGUAGAAAUGUAUUCAGAACAUAUUCAAGUAGAGAUUCGGGAAGAAGACGAACGGGCCGCUAGAGAUCAAGUGAAAGCUGAACAGGAUCUAGCCUAUCAAGUGACGUUGCAGGCUGACAUGGCCAAAGAAGCAGCCAAAAGACAAAAAGAAGCAGCUAUUGCUGCAGAACGUCAGCGCUUGGAGUCAGAGCAGGCCGAACAAGAUGCCAAAAAGGAGUCAAUCCGUUUCGAAGCCGAAAGAGCCCUUCCAUCCGAACCAACUGAAUCUGAAUCAAAUGUCACAAAAAUUCGUAUCCGAAAGCCUACAGGAGAGUUUCUUGAGAGAAAGUUCUUUACUGAAAACACACUGAAGGAUUUGCUGAACUUCAUUACAUCCAAUGGUUUUUUGGUUGAAGAACAUAAAGUUAUUGCCGGUUGGCCAAGAAGAGAUUUGGCUGCAAUUGAAACUAAUCCAACAUUGCAAAGUUUAGGACUGUAUCCCCAGGAAACAGUGAUUCUCGAGGAGCGAUGAUUCAUCAAGGUUUAUUUAUUGAAAUAAAGAAAUAAACGAAACGAAUAACUCAUGCCUAUUUUGCUAAAAUAUAUUCUUCAUAAAUUAA